UCGUGCGGAUAGCGUGAGUCUAGUGUAAACGCGAUGCCUAUCUGAACUAAUUUUGAUGCGGAUAAAAUUUGCCCGGCACAAUGUUAACGGGGUCUUAUUUUGCUUGGGAGGCUUAUGUAACAAGAUACGGAUCAUUAAUCUCGCCUAAGGGAAUUACAUAACGAACGAGGGAAUGAUAGGUUUUACAACGACAACAGGUUAGUUUGAUGCUGUUAAAGCAUAUGUUAGCUAGAGAGAACGCAAGGGAGAUUCCUCAUUGUAACAGUUAUAACCAUGGCUGAAGACGAGAAGUUUCAAGAGAAAGAGGUAGAGAUUGAUCAAAAGGUGGGGAAAGAUAUGAUGAAGGUCAAUGCAAUCGACGACAUCCUGCCAUAUGUUGGGGAAUUUGGUAAAUAUCAAAUCAUGCUGGUGGCCAUGCUCUCCACUAUGGUUCUCGCUUCUACUUUUCCAAUCCUUAUCAUGUACUUUGCUGGGCAGAAUCCUGCUUGGGAGUGUGUCCAUAACAGUACAGUUUGUAACUUGAAUGGUACAUUUGAAAGUGGAGAUGAUAACUACCAAUACAGAUGUUCAAUUCCAAGAAAAGACUGGCAGUUCACCCAGCCAAAGGACUACUCAAUUGUUACACAGUUUGACAUCUACUGUGAUACUGAAUACAUGAUUUACCUUAGCACAUCGCUCGUUUUUAUUGGCUGGGGAAUUGGGUCUAUUAUCUUUGGUUGGGUCGCAGACAAGUAUGGCCGUGCUAAAGUGUUGAGAGUUUCGGUCUUUGGAAUUAUUCUGAUUGGCUUUUUAAGUGCCUUUGCACCAAAUUAUCCAGUGUUUGCAGUCUGUCGUUUGCUAGUAGGGGCUUUCAAUCCCGGGACAAUUAUUGGAGCAGUUAUCGUCUCCUUGGAGUUGGUUGGCCCAGCUUAUCGGCCUUUGGUUGGUACAGCAACAGCGAUGUUGUUUGCCGUGUCGCUUGUAUUGACUGGCAUCAAAGCUUAUUUCAUAAGAACAUGGAAAAUACUGAUGAUUGCCUGCUCAGCUCCAUACAUGCUUGUCUGCGUGUUCUUCUUUUUCAUACCAGAAUCGAUGCGUUGGCUUCGCUUCCAGGGACGCCACAAAGAAGUGAUUGAUAUUCUAAAGAAGGCAGCAAAGGUAAACAAAAAGACCCUCCCGGCUGAACUAGAGCUUGAGCCACUACCAAAGGCAGAUGUUGAUGAGAAAAAGCACGGAAUCCUUGAUUUAUUUAGGCCCCUGAAGAUGUUUCGUUUUUCUGCUGCUCAAGGCUUUGCAUGGUGUUCCAUUGCAGCCGUUUACUACGGUGUGUCAUUGGGAGUUGGUGACCUUAGUGGCGAAAUGUAUCGGGACUUUAUCUUGGCAAUGUUGAUUGAAAUCCCUGCUUUAAUACUAUCCGUAUUUGCAAUGAACAGAAUUGGAAGAAAGAAAUCGGUGAUCGUCUCGUUAGCACUUGCAGGAAUAUUCUGUUGCAUCGUUGGAGGAAUGCUGAGUGCAGAUAACAAACAAACAAAAUGGAAGGCCCUUACAGUGACGUCAGGCUUAUUAGGAAAGUUUUGGAUCACGUUGUCGUUCAAUUCUGUAUACAUCUGGUCUAUGGAGCUGUACCCAACAUGCAUCAGAGCUGAAGGAAUGGGUUUCCUACAAAUAACAGCUCGUGUUGGUUCGGCACUAGCUCCCUGGAUCGCGAAAUGGUUGAGAGUCUUUCACGUCAUGUUACCGUUUUCUCUGAUGGCUGCACUGUCUCUGUUAAGCUCCGUUCUACUUCUGAAUUUGUCUGAAACUAAGGAUCGCGAGACAUUGGAAACCGUCAAUCAGCUAUUCAAGUUGGAUUCAAAUAUGAACAAAGAUGAAUUGAUCGUGGAGAAUCCUAGCACAUUGGAGUCCCCAGAUGCAUGAAGAUUUUCUUCGGUUGAUCUCUCGAGAAGAUUUUCUCUUUUUUAUAAGAUAAGUUCUACGGCAGUUAAGUGACAGUGUAACGAUAAAAGUUUUUAGAAUUUUGAAUACCUCAUAGCAUACCUUAAAACCUGCAAAUUUAAGGCAGCACCUCAAGUCUUUCAUGAGCAGAACCUCUUAUUGUCUGAUGAUAAUAAUUUCUCAUGAACAUAUUUUAUCAAGAGCCGAUUCGAGUAUGUAGUGUUGAAAUGAAAUUGGCGAAUUCCAAUUGAGUUCUUCAAGGCUCCUCUUGAAUAAGCAUCGAUAUAUUAUCUCUUGUAUUUUUCAGGAGCGUUGGAAAUAGCCAAUGGGAAUCAUCUCUAGUAAGAACGUAACGAGUUGUGCUUUGCACAGUGAGCCUCGAUGCCGAGAGGAGGUGACUAAGAGCCAUCAUUAAAUAGCUUUCUCGGUUUAUCAAGUCUUGAUCUGAGUAGCUAAAGGAUUAGAAGUUUGUGGCUUCAAGUUGGGUUCGAUUCGAAAACAACAUACACGUGCUUUAGUGAUAUAAACCCGUGCUUUAGUGCUUAUCUGCAUCGCAACAGUGGUUUGCUGUAACUUUGUAGCGAAUUAGUCUCAGGGAAAUAGCUUGAUCUUUGCAAAAAAUCAUCUCAGGGUCAAGCAACGAAAAUAUCUUGCAUAGCAUUAAAAAAAUCUUCAAAGCGUAAAACUGUUUAAAUUUUUGCGAGAAAUCAUUGAAUAUAAGCAAUAUGUUUAUUACAAUAACAGUACUAGCCUACUAAACAGACUGUUACUCCAUACGUUUCAAAUUGUUUUAUGGUGUCUCUUAACACGAUGGCCAUUGAUAUCCUGGCCCCACUAGCAAGUAUGCUACUGGUUUUUUUUAAGAAUAUAGUCAUUACCGAUUUUCAAAAUUUGUAAAUAAUGCAAAUCGUUUGAGAAUAUGACUGUUGAUGUUUUUAGAACAUAUACAUUUGUGUUGUUAGCUUUAAAAAAAGAAAGCGCAAUUCAUUAUAAUCAAGUUUGCACAGCAACAUAAUCUAUUUGAUGAUUUUUAUUUGAUGUAAUGACGAGAUAAAUAAUUCAAUCAUUUGUUUGAAGAAAGAAGUUGUUUUUGGAA